UUACUCCCUUAAGAAACAUGGAUAAUUUUUUGGAUUCGGUCAGACCACUUUAUAUUCUUAGUUCUAUUUUUUGCAUCCGCAAGUACUCCGUUCGUGAUGGAAUUGCUUCAACCAUUAGCCUCAAAGAAAUGAUUAUUACAAUAAGCGCGAAUUGUAUUUUGAUUUAUUUAUUCUGUUCUACUUUCCAAAGCACAGAGUUAAAGGAGAUUUCCCUCAAACUGUAUUAUCUUGUGAUAUAUGGUCAACAUGUGUUUUCUUUCGUCAUAAUAAGUUGUCAUAACAUGAGAUUGAGUAAGGUUUUUGUGGAAUUAAUCAAAAUACUCCAGGAAAUUUACAAUUUUGAAAGAAAUCAGCUGUCGUCUAAAUCAGUAAAAAGAAAGUUGAAGAUUGCUUGUGGAAUUCUGUUGUAUUUAUACAUUGGGGUCACCAUUCCAAAACUCUUAUUAGAUCCAUACUGGAACUGGAUCCGAUGCUUGUUUCUAGGUCUCAGCAUCAUCGUCGACUUUGAAAUGUUUUUCAUAAUCUGUGUAAUCAGAUUUUUGGCUUUAAAAUUCAAAACGUGGUCUAAAGUUAUCAGUAAAUAUUCAUCUGAGCAAAAAAAUUACAAUUGUCAAACUAACUUUAUAAACAUAGACAGUCCAAUACAAGAAAUAAUAAAUACAAGAAGUUCACAAGAAAUUGAGAAUUUAACUGAAGAUGGACAAGAUAGCGAUAGCAUAGAAGUAUACGAAGAGUUUGAUAAUGACAACAGGGAUGAAGCAAAGAAACUGUUUGAAGUUUAUGAUCAAUUAGUAAAUAGUACUAUUCUGAUGAAAUCUGCCUUUCAAUUCACCGUACGUGAUCUGCUUGUUAAUUUUAACUGUGUGUUUGUUUUUCCUUUUGACAUGCAAACAAGGAGCGGUGUGUUAAUCAGUCACUCCACCGGCAUUAUCGCAUGGAUUGCAAAGGCGUUGGUUAUCCAAGCUUUUGUGGGUCAUGAGAUGGAGGGCCUAUACACUGGCGUGCGAGCUUCGCGUACCGCGGCCUGUGUUCUUGUUGGUCGGCGGCAUGAUUUGGCGACGACGCGUUCAGCCAAGAACGCUCUGCGAUUGUCCAGUAGUCGGCCGUGCCGCUUCAAGGCCGUCGGCGCACUGCCCGUCGACGCUGCGUUACCGCUGCGACUCGCUGCGCUGGUCGGCUCCUACACGGUCGUCUUGUUGCAAUUCGCGUUGCCAUAA